GUUGUCGCCGCCAGUCGGUGAUUCAACGAAACGGAGACGUGCUCGCUGCCGCUCUCAAAGGAACCUCGCCAUGUUUUUUUGGACUAGAUAGUAAAGUUAAAGCCGUCUGAGCGAGCAUGUUUGACCUAAUUAUUUAUUACUGAGUGAAAAGAAAUUAAGAGGAAUAUUUGAACAUCUGACAGCCAGUGCGUGGGAAUGGCAGCUCCGCGGCCGAUAAAAGGCAUCCUGAAAAACAAGAACAACGCCGCUGGUGUCAAGCCGCUACCGGAGGACUUUCUGGCGGAGAAACCCGAAGAAAGUGCUGGACUCUCGGAUGAAGAGCAGCAGAAGAAGUCCCAGAAGUGGGAUGAGAUGAACAUCCUGGCUACUUAUCAUCCAGCAGACAAAGAUUAUGGCCUGAUGAAGAUAGAUGAGCCCAGCACGCCUUAUAACAGGAUGGUUGGAGACGAAGAGGAUGAGGGGGCGCUGAGCGACUCGGAGGGUCAUGGGGCGCUUCAUGCGGACGACCUGACAUCAAAGCUCAAAGCGGCAGAGUGUUCGGAACCUCGAUUUAUGAAGGAAGAAGAAGAAGAGGACGAGGAGAGCAGUGAGGAGGAGGAAGAAGAGCUGACCCCUGAGGAGCAAGCCAAAAAGAAACAUUUCCAGAUGAUGAGGAAAAAGCAUUACAACGAGGGCCUCAACAUCAAACUGGCGAGACAGCUCAUCGCCAGCGAGCUGGAGGAAGACGAAGAUGAGGACGAGGAGAUGAGGGAUGAGACGGAGGAGGCGGAGGAGAUUAAUGUGGAUCCGCCACAAGGUGAGAAUAAACUGAUUCUCUGGACUCCUAGACGAGGCAUGCGUACUCACACUCCAGUAUGAGUGCGUCGGCUUACCAUGCAGACGAGACAGUACCACAGCGCUGCGUGUUUCCUAUGUCGGGCCAAGCAAAGACACCGCUUCACUCAUCAAAACGCCUCCAAACAGUCAUUCAUCUGUCUCCACGAUUCCCAAAAGGUGCAAUAUAUCCUAGUGAUAAAUGUCCUCCACUGACGCUACGCCCCCCCCUCCCCUCUCCAUGGACAAGGCCGCACUGAAGACUAUGAUUCUGACUGUGGAAGUAAGUUCAAGGCCUUGGAGGACAGUUGCUGGGACCGUCCCUCAGUAGGCCUUGGAGCUACGAGGUCAGCCUUGAAGAAGCCCAAGGGAAGCCGGCUGGAGGCGUCUCAAGGAUCUGCUUUUAAUCCGUCACCUACUUUUUUGCUUCUUUUUGAAUUUAUAUCAGGGCAGUUUUAAUUUAACAGCCACGUGGAUAUAAUGUAGUUCCACGGUGUGAGUUCUAAACAGAGGGCUGUGUCUCAAUUCACACACUUAUGUACUUACACUUCAAUACCUCUACUGAGUACACUGUGUACUUGGUUAGUUGCAGAUUUUGACAUGCACGCGUAUGUACUUAAACUUCAAUAUCGCUACAGAGUACACUAUAUACUUGGUUCCUUGAGGCGCAGAUUUUGACACGCACACUUAGGUAAUUACGCUUCAAUAUCUCUACUGCAGGGGUAGGGAACCUAUGGCUCUAGAGCAGUGGUUCUUAACCCUGUUGGAGGUACCGAAUCCGACCAGUUUCAUAUGCGCAUUUACCGCAUCCUUCUUUAGUUUUUUUUUCAAAUUCUAGACAAAGUUCUAAAUUUUUGGUAACACUUUAGUAUGGGGAACAUAUUCUAAGUAACAAAGACUUAAUUUAGAGUUUUUUGGACACUAGGGCAGUGGUUCUUAACCUGGGUUUGAUUGAACCCUAGGGGUUCGGUGAGUUGGCCUAAGGCAGGGGUCGGGAACCUUUUUGGCUGAGAGAGCCAUACAAGCCAAAUAUUUAAAAAAGUAUUUCCGUGAGAGCCAUAUAAUAUUUUUUUUAAGACUGAAUACAACUAAAUGCGUGCAUUUUUUAAGUAAAACCAACAUUUUUAGAGUAUAACAAGUCUCUUAUUCUUUUUUUAAUAACAAUGUUAGCUUUCUUAUUCUUUUUUUAUUAACAAUGUUAUUCUGAAGCUAACCAACAAUAAAUGAAAUACUUCUUACCAUUAAUGCGACUUCUUGAACAGGUGCGGUACAAACCGGAUGGAUAAAUAGAUAAUAAAAAAUAGAUAGUACUUUAUUGAUUCCUUCAGGAGAGCUCCUUCAGGAAAAUUCAAAUUCCAGCAGCAGUGUACGGAGUUGAGAUCAAUUUAAAAAAAGUAAAUAAUGGGGGUUUAAAUGGAAACAAAAUAGAGACAUUUUACAAUAAGAAUAAAAAAUAAAAAGCAACAAUGGGAAUACAAAUAUAACAGUAAAAUAAGAAUUUAACAAGAGAAAGUAGGCAGGAGUGUUAUUUUUUUGCAUCCCCUGUCAUCCUUUACAUACCGUGUUAAUCAAUGUCAGCUAAGAUUUAUCUGAGAGCCAGAUGCAAUCUUCAAAAGAGCCACAUCUGGCUCAAAAGCCAUAGGUUCCCUACCCCUGGCCUAAGGGGUUCGGUGGAGCCUCUUCGUGUAAAUAAAAACUUCUCCCUAUCGGUAAAUUAUGGAUACCCCCAAACAAUGUUCCCAAUCAUGUUCCAUCGGAUUUGCAGGAGUGUAAUUAGUUGUGAGUUCAUGCACUGUGUUGGUUUUGUUCCUGGAACAAGGUGAUGUUCAUGCACGGUUCAUUUUGUGCAGCAGUAAAAAAAAAAGCAUAUAACUUUGUCUUGAAUUUGAAAAAAUAUAUAUUUAUUUUUCACUAAAGAAGGGGUCGGUGAAUACGCAUAUGAAACUGGUGGGGUUCGGUACUUCCAACAAGGUUAAGAACCACUGCACUAAGGGAACAUAUUCUAAGUAACAAAGACUUAAUUUAGAGUUAUUUGGUUAGGUUUAGGGUUAUAAUAAGGCCAUGCCUAAUAAGGCAUUAAUAAGUACUUAAUAAUGACUAGUUAAGAGCCAAUAUGUUACUAAUUUGCAUGUUAACAAACAACUAAUUAAUGGUGAAUAUGUUCCCCAUACUAAAGUGUUACGAUGUUUUUUUACUAGUGCACAACAUGAACACUUUGUUCAAAGAACAAAGCCAACACUCACAACAAAUUACACACCUGCAAAUCAGUGUGACUUCUGCUGUUGCCAUAUCCGCAAUACGCCAAUAGGGAGAAGUUUUUAUUUACUAGAUGAGUCGGGUGUGUCUUGACCUCCGCCGAACCCCUGAGCCCGACUCACCGAACCCCUAGGGUUCGAUCAAACCCAGGUUAAGAACCACUGCUCUAGAGCCAGAUGUGGCUCUUUUGAUGACCGCUCCUGGCUCUCAGAUAAAUCUUAGCUGACAUUGCGUAACACGAUAAAUGAUCUGAAGUGAAGUGAAUUAUAUUUAUAUAGCGCGUUUUCCUCAAGUGACUCAAAGCGCUUUACAUUGUGAAACCCAAUAUCUAAGUUACAAUUUAACCAGUGUGUGUGGCACUGGGAGCAGGUGGGUCAAGUGUCUUGCCCAAGGACACAACAGCAUUGACUAGGAAAGCGGAAGCAGGGAUCGAACCUGGAACCUUCAAGUUGCUGGCACGGCCGCUCUACCAACCGAGCUAUACCGCCCGGUAUAAUGAAUAGUUCCGCUGGUAAUCACGAUGUUAAAAGUAACUUUCAAAAUAUAUAACAUUCUCAUGCAUUUUAAUCCAUCCAUCCGUUUUCUACCCCACCAGUUCAAGAAAUAGCAAUGUUAUUAUAAAGAAUUAGAGACUUAUUAUACUCUAAAAAUGUUGGUUUUACUUAAAAAAUGCACGCAUUUAGUUGAAAAAUAUGAUACGGCUCUCACGGAAAUACAUUUUAAAAUAUUUGGCUUUUAUGGCUCUUUCAGCCAAAAAGGUUCCCGACCCCUGCUCUACUGACUACACUUGGUUCCUUAAGAUGCAGAUUUUUACAUGCAAAAUGACAUAUUUACGCUUUAAUGUCUACCGAGUACACUGAAUACUUAGUUCCUGUAUUUUGACUUAACACUUAGGUACUUACACUUCAAAAAGAGUCUACUGAGUACUCUGUGUACUUGGUUCGUUAAGACACAGAUUUUGACAUGCGCACGUACGUAGUUUUGCGCACUUGGUUCGUUUAGAUGAGUAUUUUGACAUACACACUUGGGCACAUACACCUCAAAGGGUGUACUUAGUACACUGUGUACUUGGUUGCUUAAGAUGCAGAUUUUGACACACGCACUUAUGUAUUUUGGCUUCAAUCUUUUCUGCGUAAACUGCGUUCUUGGUUCCUUAAAGCCCUACUGAAAUGAGAUUAUUUAAUUUAAACGGGGAUAGCAGGUCCAUUCUAUGUGUCAUACUUGAUCAUUUUGCCAUAUUGCCAUAUUUUUGCUGAAAGGAUUUAGAAGAGAACAUCGAUGAUAUAGUUCGCAACUUUUGGUCGCUAAUAAAAAAGCCUUGCCUGUACCGGAAGUAGCAGAUGAUGUGCGCAUGACGUCACAGGUUGUAGGGUUCCUCACAUCCUCACAUUGUUUAUAAUGUGAGCCUCCAGCAGCAAGAGCUAUUCGGACCGAGAAAGCGACAAUUACCCCAUUAAUUUGAGCGAGGAUGAAAGAUUUGUGGAUAAGGAAAGUUAGAGGGAAGCACAAAAAAAAAGAAGAAUAAGCGACGGCUCCAGGCGGCCGCAUUGGGACCGUUUCAGAUGUAAUUAGACACAUUUAUUAGGAUAAUUCUGGAAGAUCCCUUAUCGGCUUAUUGUUUUAAUAUUGUUUUAGUGAGAUUGUAAAGACAUACCUCAAAGUCGGAUGGCUGCGGUGAACGCCGGUGUCUCUCAAAUAAGCCGAUGAAGGAGCAAAGAUCACAGCUGCCUUUUUGAGCUGCAGGUGGAAGUCCCAUAAUCCACUGAAGUCUCCGGUAAGAGCCGACUUAAUAUCACAAUUUUCCCAUCUAAAAACUUGCUGGUUGACGUACAAACCAUGUUCGCUUGACCGCUCUGUGUUAAAGCUUCACAACAAACAAAGAAACACUGGCUUUGUCUCAGUUGUUAAAGACAGCUGCAAUACAUCGCUUUCCACCAACAGCAUUCUUCUUUAUAGUCUCCAUCAUUAAUUGAACAAAUUGCAAAAGAUUCAGCAACACAGAUGUCCAAAAUACUGUGUAAUUAUGUGAUGAAAAGAGACUACUUUUAGCCGUGUGUGGUGCUGGGCUAAUAUGUCCCCUCCAACCCGAGACGUCACAAACAUGCGUCAUCAUUCCGCGACGUUUUCAACAAGAAACUCCGCAGUAAAUUUAAAAUUGUAAUUUAGUAAACAAAACCGGCCGUAUUGGCAUGUGUUGCAAUGUUAAUAUUUCAUCAUUGAUAUAUAAAUUAUCAGACUGCGUGGUCAGUAGUAGUGGCUUUCAGUAGGCCUUUAAGACAUUGAUUUUGACACGCGCACUUAUCCUUUUACAAGUCGACUGAGUGCACGGCGUACUUGGUUCCUGAAGACGCAAAAUUUUGCUUCAAAAUCUCUAUUGAGUACACUGCGUGAUGGGUUCCUUAAGGCACGGACUUUGACCUAUGUACUUACCCUUUGAUAUGUCAUAGUGCUAGUUCCUAAAAGCGUUUGAUUUUUGACUUAGCUGUCCCUAAUGUGCCUGUCCGAUCGCAACAUAUCUUAUUCUCCUUUUUUAAUUGUGUAUUGCAAUCGUCAGCCAGAAUGCAGAUUACAGACCAGGCCUGGGCAACUAUUUUGACUCAGGGGCCAAUUUUAGAGACAAAAAUGUGUCUAUUUUUUUACUAAUACAAUACAAAACUAAUACAAAACUUCACAAUAAAGUCUGACUAAUUGCUAAAAACAUUAUGACAGACCGCCUUAUAAAACGGAAUGGAGUUUAAUUUUUUUUUUCUACGAACGAUAAAACACUGAAUAUUGACCAAAUACGAAUGUCACACCCCCUCGUGAUCGACAUAUUUUACAA